AAUAAAGAUGAGCGGAUUGAUUAAGAGUGGGAGAGAAGAAGUUCUGCAGAAUAAGACUCAGAGAGGUUUUUAUCAAAAGAAGUCAGGGAAAAAGAUUAUGAAGAUUGAAAAAGAAUUUAAUAUGACUUUUAGUGGGCAUUCAAAGAGAUUUAAGGAAGUGAAUGUUUCUCAAAUAAUAAAUCGCAUGCAAGUAGAGAGAUCUAAGAAACAUCGUCAUUCUUCAAAGAUCAGGCUGCGUAAAAACAACAAAUCAACAGACAAUACUCAGAGAGCAUCUGAAAUGGGGACCUAUCAGGAAGCAAUAAGAUAUUGUACAGAAAUAAGCCAAAUCCGGAAAGAAGAGGAGAAAAGAAUGAAAUAAUCAUAUCCUGAAAUCAGACUACCCAAAUGUUUCGGGGCAUCAAAAUCCUCCUCAUAAAAUUUUCAACAAAAGAUGAAUUUACAGUUGCAUAAAAUUUCGUAAAAGAAAGAUAGGCAAUUCUCCAAGAGUUGACAGGAGCCUAGAGGACAUUCACUUAGCAAAGAAAGGAAGAUCUCCUUUUUUCCUUAUCAGAGGAAAGAAUUGAGCCCAAAACCAAUCAAAUUCAACAAUAAAAAGAGUCAGGAGAACCAAUUACUCUGCUGUUAGGAUCUCAAAUCGCAAAGCCAUGCAUAAGAGAGAUAUUUCCAAUCACCAAGCUCCUCCUGAUGAGUUUGAGAGAAGGAUCAAGCACUUAGAAACUGCUUUACAGUCUUUAGACGAUUGUUGCAGAAAAAGUAGGCCUACCGAUGAGCAAGUUAAAAAGAUAUGGGAAGUGGUUAAUAAAGGAAUAAAAGAUUUACCUAAAAACAUUGAAGAGCCUAUCCCUAAUAUUAACUUUGGGAGUCUAGCUAGGAAAGACAGUUGUACACCAAAAGGAAAAGAUAGUGGCCUCCUUACUCCAGCAAGCAAGAGUAAAUCAAACUCUAGCUACAAAAUUCAUCAUAGCUACCCCUCUGUACAUGAUGAAAAUUUAGAAGAUUCAGAUCUGUUAUCAAACACUGGUAAGGAAACACACGAAGAGUUUGAAUCUACAGAUGAAGAACAAAAGGUCGGAAGCAAAAGCAGAACUUCUUCUGUAAGCUCUGUUAAGAGAAACCUUAACUUCCUCAAGAAGGAAGAUACCCCAGUUCAAAAGCAGAAGAGGGAUAGUCAAGGAAGUGGAUCCAGAGCAACGAAGAGUGAACUUCUUAGAAUAAAAAUAAUAAGAAAUCAACAAGGAAAUAAUGGAAGUCAGGGAAGAAAAGGGAAGAAAAGUGAAGAAAAGAAAAGAAAAGAAAAGGAAAGAAAAGAAAACAUUCUGAAAAAUAAAGCAAAAGAAGAGAGGAAAAAGAAACAAAAAGAGGAACAAAAAGAGGAACAAAAAGAGGAACAAAAAGAGGAACAAAAAGAGGAUCAAGUAAAUUCGAAACUCACAGAGACAAAGGAAAACAUUAAUAAAGCCUCAGGAAGAGAAGUAGUGAAUAUACUCUUUAUCGAAAAGUUUAAAGAGGAACUUGAAAAAAUAAAAGAAGAAUGGGAUGAGUUUAAUAGAGAUUUUGAAGAUUUUAAUGAACAUCGCAAAAUGUGUGAAAUGAUCAGAGAUAAACUCUUAAAUACAAAAGCUCUUAAAAAAUACAGAAGAUACAACACUAUGACUAAUGAAAUCAAGGAGGACCUGUUGAUAUCUGUUAUUGAAAAAAUGUUAAGAAUGAAUAGUGAGAAACAGAGAAAGGAACUUGAGAGAAAAAUGAGUGAGGAUCCAAGCUCAAAUGAAGCUUGGUUAAAAUCAGUGAUUGCUAAUAGCAAUUCUACAGAAAACCCUGAAAAUAUAACCUAAAAUCUUCACUCCAUAUUUUCCCUAAAAAUCUCAGAUAUAAAGCUUCAAU